AUGCGGCCGAGUCACUCACUUGCGGUCAUCCUCGUCUCGCUGGCACUCUGGGUCGGCAACGCCAAUGCUGAUGACGAUAACCCGAUCACCAGCCGAUUUAAGUGCCGCUCGAACGGGUGUUGCGAUCAUCACGAGUGGUGCCGCUUCUGGGCUUCAGUCGGUGAAUGCCGGACGAACGCCGAAUGGAUGGAGGACAACUGCCAAUUGGCCUGCGGAACUUGCCGCAAGAAGCUACCGCAGAUCCUCCGCCAGCUCAUCAACGCACGCGCACCACACAAAGAGCUGCUGACGUCGGCCCGACCAAACCCGGUGCGACCUCCUCCCCGUCCGCCAGUCACUCGCCCACCGACGCGUCUGACGCGACCUACCCUUAGGCCGACAUUCACCGCAGCCCGGACAUUCUUCACCAGACCUCCGGUUACCAGAGCGCGUGUGACUCCGGCCGCGACGUUCCGCACUCGAGUGACAGCCGCGCCUACCAGUGUCUUCGAUCUGGCGACCCCUUCCACCGAGGCGACGACGAUCCGCGUGAUCACGGUACCAAAGGGCGGCUUCGGUGCCACCCUCCUCCCGCGUGGCUUCCAAUUCGGGGCUGAAGCUCGGAAACGACCCUUCUUCCCCUUCUUCAUGCCGUUCCCAGGCAAGACCUCCCAGAGACUGCCGGUCCCGACUCGUAGCCCUCUGCUUGACCGUGCAUUUAGCCCGCAGCCAGUGACCCGCCCGGCCUUCCCAGCUCCACCUCCGGUGCCCGUCAUCUCGGCUAAUCCCGGCCAGAAUCUCUCUCCACCUCCUCCAUUUAAUGAGCGAUCGACCGCCGCCCAGAAUGCCCGUUGUCUGCAGCUGAUGCGGAACCCACCGGAGAAUCUCGCGGAAAUUAUGCACCGUGAAAGGCUGAUGCAGCCGGUUGAGGACCAAUCGGGGCGCCGCCCCAUCGACCUCGACCAGGUCGUACGAUCGAACCUGGCCAACGCCUGCGUCCCCAGGAACGAUGAGGCGGAGUGCGAGCGAUCUGCGUGCUACCACCUUACCUUCCGCACGUUUGACGGAACUUGCAAUAACAUCCGCAACCCGCUGCAGGGCUCGGCCUACAGGCCCUACACCCGUCUCUUGCCUCCCAACUAUGAUGAUGGUCUCCAUGAGCCUGUCGGCUCCCUCUUCCCCGAGUCUCGCCCUAACCCUCGCAUGGUAACCCGCAACAUUGUCUCUUCUGACGAGCAGGUGUUGUCGCACGAGUUCAACGCUCUUCUCAUGCAGUUUGGACAAUUCGUCUCCCACGACAUGGCCAAGACCACGCUGGUGCCCUCAUCCAAGUGCAACGUCUGCCAGAACAUGACCUCCCGCUGCAUGGCCGUGAAGGUGAUGCCCGAUGACCCGAACCCGAGCUUCCGUCACGACACCUGCAUCCGUGUCUCCCGGUCGUCCCCGAUCUGCGGCUCCGGCCACUUUAAGCCCCGCCAGCAGUUGAACGAGAACUCGAACUACAUUGAUGCCUCUCCAAUCUAUGGAUCUUCCCUCGUCGACUCGAAGAAAUUCCGUGACGGCCGAACCGGGCGUCUCCAGCUGCCGAUGUUCAAUGGAAUGCAAAUGCUGCCCUUCGACACCGGAUCAUGCCGAGGACCCCGCUCCUCUUGCAAGGUCAUCUUCCGUGCCGGUGAUUCUCGCGUCAACCUGUUCGUCGGUCUAUCGUCGUGGCACACCGUGUUCACGCGAGAGCACAAUAGAAUUGCCGCUACUCUACAGCGUUUGAACCCGCAUUGGAGCGGCGAUCGCGUCUUUAUGGAAUCUCGGAAACUUGUUGGUGCUCAGGUCCAGGCCAUCGUCUACCGUGAAUAUCUACCCAAGAUCCUCGGCACCGCUUUUGCCACGACCGUCGGAGAGUAUUUCGGUUAUGAUCCUAGCGUCGACUCGACAAUCGCCAACGAAUUCACAUCCGGGGCCUUCCGUUUCGGCCACGGAAUGAUUCAGGAACUUUACCAACGCCUUGACGCGAACUUCCGCAACAUGAGCAUUGGCCCCCUGGCUCUCGAGCACGGAACCCUGAAGUCUGACACGCUCAUCUUCGAGGGAGGACCUGAGGCGAUGAUCCGCGGUAUGUUGACCCAACCGGUAAAGCGGCCGCAACGCGUCACUCCUGCCGUCACCGAGAAAAUGUUCGGCUCCACCGAUUUGGCCACCAUCAAUAUCCAGCGAGGUCGCGACCACGGUCACCAGCCAUACAUCAAAUACCGCGAAUUGUGCGGAAUGGGCUCUGCCACGACAUUCGAGCAGCUUGGUCGUGAGAUUCUGUCCACCGGCGUGCGAAACCGAUUGCGAAACUCAUACGGAAGUGUCGACCGCAUCGACCUGUGGGUGGGUGCGCUCGUUGAGGAUCCGGUGCUCCGCGGUCUCGUUGGACCCACGAUCGCCUGCAUCGUCGGACCCCAGUUCAAGAGGACCAGGGAUGGAGAUCGUUUGUACUACGAGAACCCGGGCGUUUUCACGCGCGCCCAGGUGAACGAGAUCCGACGCAGCUCGCUGUCCCGGAUAUUGUGCGAUAACGCGAGGGGACUGACGAUGGUGCCGCGGGAAGCGUUCCGGCUCGGCCCAUUCGUGCCUUGCGGCCAGAUCCCGGCCAUGGACCUCUCGAAAUGGAAGGAA